CGCUUUCUUACGCUAUCUUUGGGAAUGACCUUGUUACCCAGCUGGACUGAAAAAUGGUUUUCCUGCCUGGUGCGCAGAAAGGCCAACCGCUGAACAGCGAUGGAGGUUUGCAAUGGAGAAAUUAAAGCCGUUUUAUUUGCAGGGCGCCAAGCAAGGAGAACAGGAAGCUUUCACUUAAAACCCGAACUCCCCAAUGGCUUUUCAUCAAAGGUUUUUAAAGGCAAAGUUUGAGGGUUCGGGGCAACAGGCUGGUAUGUGGAAGUGCUGAGCGGACAGGUUUUGAUUGGAGAGUUUGGAACUUGGCCAUUAAGGUAAGGUAUGAGUAUGGCAAGGGGCUUCAGCACCCAUCUACCUGAACAACAGACCCUGCACUUCUGAAAGGGUUCUGGUGUUCCAAGUUCUGGUUAUGUCCUCCUGGUCCUUUGGUAUCGUGGGAUUGGGAAAGACUCUGGUUCUGGGUAAGCUGGAGGUCAAAUUUCUCUCCUCUGUGCAUGCUUCAGCUGCAUGACUUUUAGUUUUUAUCUGUUGACUCUGAUAUGCAACUCAGCAUCUUGUUAGAAACAGGACAGGACCAUUUUGACCUGGUUCUGCAGUUUCAACCUUGUGUAUCAUGGGGGCCACCUCUUCUGUACCCGUUUUGGGGAUGCCUCCUGCAUCCAUGGUAAAAAUGUAUUCUAAUCCAGGAAAAUUACUUCUGGGUCUUUCCAUGAUGAGGUUUAUUGGAUUGAGUCUCUGUUGGAAUGCCUAUACUGUUGGCAUAGGCAGAAAGAAUAAGUCCUGGGGGGAGAGGGGGAAGAAAGGAAGGAGGAGGUAAGGGGAGACAAAGGAGGGAGUAGAUGAGAUCAUUCUUAAGAAAAAGUGCAGCCACCAGGCCGGCCAGAACUGGAUUUUGGUAGCUGAGAGCAGAUCCAGGCCACCGUCUUAUCCCUGAAGGAGAACUUCAGCUGGUGAUAAUGGGUCAGAAUGUUAUUAGCAUUUCGGUUCGGGGAAAUCUCCACCUCUUGUCGCCAUGACAGUUCCAACUAGAACCAAACAGGGCCAAAAAUCUCUCCUCGCGCAAGGGAAGGAGUGGUGAGCAAGGACCCACCUAAGACCGCCUAUAAGCCACCCUUAAGUCCUGAACAUUGUGCGCCUUCAUUUACAGUGAAAUAAAUUCCCAAGUUUCAUUGUUCUUCAGAGCAGCGGCUCUUCUCCAGGCCUACUCCCACCUUCUUGAAACUUUCCUGUCCUUCUUUUAAUAAAUCUGCUGCUUACUUGGCUUAUUCGGUGAGUCCUUGAAUGCUUCACGGUGGUGUACACCAAGAACCCGGUUUUUGGGCAACAAUACUUUUGAAAAUCCUACUUAUCGGCAGGUGGGAGACGCAGUGCCCCGAGCGUGAGGAGCUGUAGCGGCAGCGGCAACAUCCAGCGUCGGAGCCAGCAGUUCAAACCGGUCGCUUUACUUUUUUAGCUGCAUGAACAUAGUCAUUAUGCCGAAGAGAAAGUUUCCAGAAAAUACAGAGGGCAAGGAUGGAUCCAAAGUAACUAAGCAGGAGCCCACAAGGCGGUCCGCCAGAUUGUCGGCGAAACCGGCUCCACCAAAACCUGAACCUAAACCAAGAAAAACAUCUGCUAAGAAAGAACAUGGAACAAAGAUUAGCAAAGGUGCUAAAGGGAAGGAGGAGGAAAAGCAGGAAGCUGGAAAGGAAGGUACUGCACCAUCUGAAAAUGGUGAAACUAAAGCUGAAGAGGCACAGAAAACUGAAUCUGUAGAUAACGAGGGAGAAUGAAUUGUCAUGGAAAAUUGGGGUUGAUUUUAUGUACCUCUUUGGGACAACUUUUAAAAGCUAUUUUUACCGAGUAUUUUGUAAAUGCUAAUUUUUUUAGGACUCUAUUAGUUGGCAUACAAAAAUAUAUAAGGAUGGACAUUUUACCUUCUCAUAGUCAUACUUUUUGGAAAUUUCCAUCAUCCUUAAGUAAAAUAAAUACCAAUUUAAUAUUGGAAGCUGUGUGUAAAAUUGAGUCAGCAUACUAUAUAUUUGCUUUAAAAAUUUAGUCCUGUGCAUACUGUGGUGUUUUUACUGUGCGUAUUUGAAUUUUUCACUCAGUUUUUCUAGAGCAAUAAUCAGUGGUGCUUUUGUACCUAUGUUUAUAUGAUUUUAAUGAAACAUGGAUAGUUGUGGCCACCUGCUGACUAUUUGUGGUUUAAAAUAAAAGGUUUUCUUG